AUGGCCGCUGUUGUAGGCCACCAGGGGGAGCCAUCGGCAGAACUUUCAGGCGAGGCGAUUUGCCACUCUACACCAACUCCGCUACAGACAUCACUCUUGACACACAAGGGGAAAAUGGGACCAAAAGAGAAGAAACCUGCUCGAAUUACGACGGCAUGCAAUGCCUGUCGAUCAAGGAAGCAAAAAUGCAGUGGUCAAAAGCCCAUUUGUGGACAAUGCUUGGAAAAUAACCGGCCAUGUAAAUGGCCGGAACAGCUACGAAGAGGGCCGGAGAAAGGCUAUGCAGAGGCGCUAGAGAACCGACUUCAGCUUACAGAGAGCAUACUGCUCAAUCUGCUUCCACAUGUUUCUGAUGACCAGCUCUCCUGGGCAAUCCCACACCGGGAAAGUGGCCAAGACUCCGGCACUCCAUAUGUGCCAUUUCCGAGACUGGAAAGAAGAGGAAUCGAGACUUGGUCCCAGUUUCCACUUGAUACUUCUCGGGGUAUUCGGCGGUGGCAGCAAGCCUGCGCGGAUGGAAGUGUCGGCUUAGAUUCACCGAGUCCCAAGAAAAGACGCGUGCAGAACGAGAGCCCUUCGGAACACAACCGCGAAUCUGUGAUGCUUUCAAACGAACUCUCAGGGACUGGAGAUGUUUUCAUUGAAUCCGAAGGGUCGUCUUCGCUUAUGCCCGAAGUGACUGGCUCCAUUGAGGGACACCCGACUCAGUCACCCGGUGAUAUCAAUGGACAAAUCCCCGCGACACAGAAAAUGAGCACUUGGGAUGGAGCCCCUUCUUUGGAAUUCCAACGCCAAUUUCUCUGGUGA